UUUUUGUUUUUUUGUUAUGAUCACUGAAGCCAUGGAAAAGUUCAAAGGACUGCUGCAUCUGUUUAUUUUUGCUUCAAGUAUUCUUAUGUGCUGUCCACAAAAAACAGCUGAUAUUGUCUUCCUGGUUGAUGGUUCUUGGAGUAUUGGCACAGAAAACUUCCCGAAGAUCCGUGAUUUCCUCUUCACUUUCGUAAACAGUUUUAAUGUGAGUCCUAAUGAGGUUCAGAUUGGCCUAGUGCAGUAUGGUGACUCACCCCACACUGAGUUCUACCUUAACAGUUCUGAAACCAAACUGAAGAUUCUUGACUACAUCACAAAGCUCCCAUACCGUGGAGGUGGCACCAAGACUGGACUAGGGUUAACUUUACUUCUAAAACAACAUUUUGUAAAAGAAGCAGGAAGUCGUGCUGAAAAUGGGGUGCCUCAGAUUGCUGUGGUUAUCACAGGUGGACAGUCAGAGGACAAUGUGAAGGUGCAUGCACAGGACUUGAAGCACAAAGGAAUCAUUGCCUUUGCCAUUGGUAUUAAAGAUGCCAAUAAAGACGAGCUAAAAGAAAUUGCUAGUAAGCCACAUGAGGAGCACAUCUAUAUUGUGCCUGAUUUCAUAGCUUUGCAAGGAAACACACAGAGAUUCAUCCAGUUUCUCUCUACAAGUUUGGAGGGACCCAAAUUUCCAGUGUCUCAAGGGUGCAAGACUAUUUUGGCUGACAUUGUGUUCUUAGUGGAUAGUUCUAGCAGUAUUGGUGAUGCAGACUUCCGGAAAGUAAAGAAGUUCCUGCAGACAUUCCUAGUGGGUCUCGAUGUUAAGCCUGAUAAAGUCAGAGUAGGACUUGCACAGUUUAGCAAUGACCCUAAACAAGAGUUCCUGUUGGGUGAAUAUGUGGACAAGAAUAACCUGCUGGAGAAAGUGGAGAAACUCACCCACCUGAAAGAAGACACAGAAAUUGGAAAAGCUCUCACUUUUAUCCAAAAUAAUUACUUUACUGAGGCAGGUGGCAGUCGGCUCAAUCAGAGUGUGCCUCAGAUUGCUGUAGUGAUCACAAAUGGUGACUCUGCUGAUGAGAUUGAGAUUCCAGCCAUGGAGUUACGGAGAAAGGGGGUGUUAAUUUUUACCAUAGGGGUUGGUGAAGCCAGCAUUACAGCCUUGCAGUCCAUUGCCAACAAACCGCAUCAGCAUUUUGUGCUCAGUUUCACUGACUAUGAGGAGCUUCUGAAAGCCACCACAAGAACAGUAGACAAAGUGUGUAUUUCUGUGGAGGCCCAGCAACAAGCUCUAGUUCCAAAGUUCGCAGAUGUGUUUGUGUUGGUGGACAGCUCAGUUGAACAGCAAAAGGUGAUAGAGUUGCUAAUUCGAAUAGCCAAUCAACUUAACGUGUCAAGUCUAUCUAAUCGGCUGGCUUUGGCUCAGUUUGGUGAAGAUGUUUCAGUGGAUUUUCGUUUUGAUGGUUACAAAACAAAAAAGGAAGCACUUGCACUUAUCCGCAAAUUCCAACUAAAAAGCCCUGGGCAGCAGCGCAAACUUGGAAAAGCGAUGGAUUAUGUGCGCAUCAAUCUUUUCAACAGUGCAGCAGGUAGCCGAAUUGCUAAAGGUUAUAAGCAGUACCUGCUGGUGGUAAGCAAAGGAGAAUCCGAUGACAAUAUACUUAAAGCAGUUCGUGCAUUAAAGGAUCAGGGAGUGAUCCUUGUCAACAUUGACCUAAGUGAAGUUACAGAUUCUGAACUCAUUACAAUCCCUUCUGAACCUGAUAUAUCUGGUGAAUCUAUACAACCUGGCUUAUCUGCCAGAUAUUCUCCUAUUGUGCCAUUACCACCAAUUGUCUAUUCUGCAGCUGGAGACAUUCAACAAAUAGCUGAAAGUGCAGUGACAAUAUUGGGUUCUAAGGAUGAGCUUAGUACAGCUCAGGAGUGCAAGUCACUGGCUGAUAUUGUGUUUAUUGUGGAUGUGUCAGACAGUACCAGACAUCCAGACUUGGUCCGUUUUUUCCUCAGUCGCAUAAUUAAUCUUUUACAGUUGGAGUCUGACUGUAUGCGUUUGGGAAUUGUCUUGUACAGUGAAACACCUUCAGCUGAUUUUUACUUAAAUUCAUUUAAAAGCAAGUCUGAAAUUUUGCAGUACAUUAAAGGAUUGCCAUUUGGUGGUGGAGAGUCCAAACCUAGCAAGGCUCUGAAGUUUGCAAGAGAGAAGAUGUUUGCCAAAGAGCUGGGCAGCCGAUAUGCCAUAGAAGCAGAGCAGAUUGCUGUGGUAAUAACAGAGGUGAAGUCCCUGGAUAAUGAAGCAACUGCAGAAGCUGCUAGUUUAAAACGCUCUGGAGUACAAGUCUAUGCUAUUGGAGUCUCCGAUGAUAAUAAAGAACAGUUGAAGCAAAUAGCAUCUUAUCCUUCAACAAAAUUUGUGCUCAGUCUCCAGAGCUUUUCUAAUAUUUAUAAAGUGGAAAAAACUUUGAGGGGGGCUGUUGAUCACAGUACAGUCCAUUCACAUUUGAAGACCAGGAAUUUUGAUUUAAAACAAGGAUGUGUACAGACAGAAAAAGCAGACAUCUAUUUCCUCAUUGACGAGUCCACUAGUAUUGAUGAAAAAGAUGCACAGGAUAUUAAAAACUUCAUUCUUUACUUCAUAUCGAUGUUUUCUAUUGGACCAAAACAAGUUCGUGUAGGUGUGGUAAAAUUUGCAGAAGAGCCUGUACUAGAGUUUCGUCUAGAUGCAUAUAAUGACAAAAGCUCUCUUGAUAAAGCUGUGAACAACAUUAAACAUGGCAGUGGAGACACCUUUAUAGGAAAAGCCCUCUCUAGCAUGAUAAAAUACUUUGAGGAAGCCAAAAAGACAAGAGGCACUGAGGUUCGCAGUAUCCUCAUUGUUCUAUCUGAUGGAGAUUCUUGGGAUGAAGUAGUCCUACCAGCAGCAAAGUUAGCAGCACAGGGGGUGUCAACAUAUGCUGUUGGUAUAAACGAGAACGAGGACUCAAAGCUAUCGCAAAUAGUAGAUAAUCCAAAGAGAAGGUUUUCAAUCACCAACUAUCAUGCACUGACAGACCUUAAGGAGAAAAUUGUUAGUAGGAUUUGCUUGGAAGAUGCCUGUACAAGUAUGUGGGCAGACAUCAUUUUUUUAGUUGAUGGCUCAGGAAGCACUACCCCUGAGGACUUCUUAAAGAUAAAGGAAUUCUUGCAAACUGCAGUGUCAUUGUUUAUAAUUGACAAGGAUAGUGUGCAAGUUGGAGUCGUGAAGUUUGACCCAAACCCAAAAACUGAAUUUGCCCUCAAUACGUUUUCUGAUAAAAAACAGAUGCUGCAGGCCAUUAAUAAGAUGCAGCAACAGAAGCAGCCAAUUAAGAGUAUGAAGCAACUGGAAAAAGGAUCUAAGAUUGGGGCUGCCCUCAAUUUUGUGUCAGAGUAUUUUGAUCAAUCAAAAGGGGGACGUUUAAAUGCCCCACAGUUCCUCAUCAUGUUAACAAAUGGCAGGUCGAUGGACGAUGUUGCUCAGCCUGCAGAAGCCAUCAGAAAUAAGAGCAUUACAAUAUAUUCCAUAGGAGUGGGUGAUUCUAGCACCUCACAACUGAGAGAGAUCAGUGGGACUCAGGACAUUUUUUUUCUGGAAAAAGAUGAUGAAAUGUUGGAGUUCUUAGAUACUGUCUUAUCGCUAAAAUCUGCAAAUCUUCUAAAGGUAAGCCAUACUAACAUCAUUUUAUUUUGCCAGAAAUCACAGGUGGCUGAUGUUGUAUUCUUAGUGGAUGGUUCAACCAGCAUUCUGUCUACAAACUUUGAAAGAAUUAAGUUCUUUAUGAUCUCAAUAGUGAACAGCACACAGGUUGGACAAAACAAUGUCCGUAUAUGUACAAUUGUCUAUUCGAAUGUACCUAAGAUCCAGUUCCGCCUUAAUGAUUACCACAGCAAAGAAGAGGUGCAGAAUGCUGUCAGUGCUCUACAUUAUCCCACUGGGGAUACCUACACAACCAAGGCACUAAAGUACUCUGUGGAUUACUUUCAUGAAACCAAUGGUGGGAGACGUGCAAGUGGUGUCCCACAGAUGAUGUUCGUCAUUACUGAUGGUGAAGCCACAGAUCCACAUGGAUUAGAGGAUGCUGCAAAUAAGCUUCACAGAUUUGGAGUUAGUUUGUAUGGUAUUGGAGUUGCAAAUGCAAGUAUAGAUGAGCUAGAGAAAAUCACCAAAGACAAGAACAAGAUUUUCCAUGUUAACAACUUUCAAGCUUUGAACAACCUUUGGCAAAACAUUUCAAAUGAGAUCUGCAAGGAAACAAAACCAGAGUGCCAAAAAGAGGCUGCUGAUUUGGUCAUUUUGAUUGAUGGUUCUGAAAAAACCGGAGGAGAUUUGUGGAACAGCAUGCAAAAUUUUACAAUGGGUCUUGUAGAUAAUCUUCGUAUCAAACCACACCUCUUUAGAGUUGGUGUUGCCCAGUUUAGUACAACAUACAGAAAGGAGUUUUACUUGAAUGAAUAUUGUAGUGAAGAGAAAGUAAAGGGGGCCAUUAAGAAAAUGACCCCGAUGAAAAAAAAAAGAAACAUUGGAUUUGCACUAAACAAAGUAAAAGAGUUCUUUAACACCAAUAAUGGGAGCCGUAUUGAAGAAGAAAUUCCACAAUAUCUACUUUUGAUCACUGUCGGAACUUCAUCUGACAAUUAUACUGAUGCAGCAGUUGAGUUAAGAACCAUGGGAAUUCAGAUAAUUGCUAUCGGAACAACUGAAAAAAUCGAAACUCAGCUCAAUAGCAUUACUGGUUCAAAAAAAAAAGUGUUUAUAUUCGACAGUUUUCACCCUCGCAUUGUGAAUCAGACUACACAGCAGUUGGUAAAUGGGAUUUGUGAUACUACUCCAAGCGAUAUAACAGCAAGCUGCACUGUAAAUAUUGGAGUUGGAUUUGAUAUCUCCCAUAGUAGUUUAAGCUCACAGUCACUCUUUAGUAGUCAAUAUCUGCUGCAGCGCUACCUGUCUGAGAUUAUCAGUCAAAUUUCCACUCUGCAUAACUUGUGCUGUCUACCCAAGCAGCCUGCUCUACAAACCAACAUUGGAUUCCGUUUGGUUACUAGCGAUGGUAGAACACUGUAUGAUACUAGUUUUGAGCAUUACAGUGAUGAAAUAAUAAAGAAGGUAAAAGCAUUGCGGAUGACUCAGGGUGUGGCCUUUAACACCCAGCUCCUGCGCUCUUUUCAGGAUAAGUUUGAAAGCUCUAGAUCUGGUGUGAAGGUAUUGAUCAUUUUCUCUGAUGGCCUGGAUGAACCUGUAGAUGAUCUUGUGGCUGCCUCAAAUAAUCUUAGAAGAAGUGGAGUUCAUGCACUGAUACCAGUAGCUCUGGAAGGAUUCAAAAGCAGCAUCACAGACCUACAAAAGCUGCAGUAUGGACGAGGAUUUGAAUACAGAGAGCCAAUCAUGAUUGGCAUUCAAAAUGUAGCCAGUGUCUUGCAGAAGCAGAUUGAUAAUGUGGCUUCACGAGAGUGUUGUAAUGUGAUGUGCAAAUGCACUGGUGAUGAAGGGGUGCGAGGACAUGGAGGACCUCAAGGGACAAAGGGCUCACCCGGGCAGCAAGGAUCCCGUGGAUUUCCUGGAGAAGAAGGAGAACCUGGAAAGAGGGGGCCAUCGGGUCUAAACGGAACCCAGGGAUUUCAAGGCUGCCGUGGAAAUAGAGGCCUAAAGGGUAACAGAGGCUACACAGGCGAAACAGGAGAGCAUGGAGAAUGUGGUUUGGAUGGUGUAAAUGGAGAGCAGGGGGUAGUUGGAUUAGCAGGAGCCCCAGGACAGCGAGGGGAACCAGGCAUCCAAGGCAAGAAGGGUGUUAGAGGAAUACCAGGAUUCCCUGGACAAAAAGGGCUGAGAGGAGAUCCAGGUGAAACAGGCAGUGACAACAAUAGACGUGGUCCCAAGGGUGAACUUGGAUACCCUGGCCUACAGGGUGACACAGGUCCAGAUGGCAGUCCAGGUUCUCCUGGGGAUGCUGGCAAUCGUGGUCAAAAAGGAAGAAGAGGCGCCUCAGGUCUACCGGGUGCCAGAGGACCUCAAGGACAGUCAGGACCACAAGGAAUCUCAGGACCUUCAGGAUCACUGGGACCAAUGGGUCCUUCUGGAUCUCUUGGACAGAAAGGGAUAUCUGGUUUUCCAGGACCACAGGGACUACCUGGUACACAAGGAAACACCGGACCUAAAGGAAAUGUUGGACCCAGGGGACAAAAGGGUCAGCCUGGGGAACCUGGAAAUAAAGGAACAGCUGGACCACAGGGUCCCAGAGGCCCACCGGGUAAUGAUGGUCAAGAUGGAUUUGGGUUAGCAGGACCUAAAGGACUGAAGGGAGACCCUGGAUUUCCAGGACAUCCUGGAUUUCAGGGUGAACCUGGAGAUCCUGGGAGAAAUGGUGAUAAUGGCCCUAAGGGUUUAAGAGGAAGAGAGGGUAGUGCAGGUGGGAUGGGAACACCUGGAAAUCCUGGCAGCAUUGGACCACCUGGACACAAGGGCCCUAAAGGACCCCCAGGAACUAUGGAAAUGUCUACUUGUCAACUGAUUAGCUACAUCAGGAACAACUGUGGCUGCUGUAAAGAUAAAGCAGCUUGCCCUGUCUACCCAACUGAACUGGUGAUUGGUCUGGACAUGUCUGAUGACGUUAGUUCUCCAUUAUUUGAAAGAAUGCGCUCAACUCUUCUUUCUUUGCUGGGCAGCAUUGAUAUCACUGAAAGCAACUGUCCCCAAGGGACACGAGUGUCUGUGGUCUCUUACAACUCUAACACCAAGCACCUCAUACGUUUUUCUGACCAUCGCCGUAAGAAAGAUUUGGUGGAAGCUGUGAAAAACAUCCCUCUGGAACGUACCUCCAACAGACGCAACAUAGGUGCAGCUAUGCGCUUUGUGGGUAGAAAUGUUUUUAAACGUAUUCGUCAGGGUGUUCUGAUCAGAAAGGUGGCGAUCUUCCUCUCUGGUGGACAGUCCCAGGAUGUGACCUCCAUAAUCACAGCUGUUUUAGAAUACAAGGCUCUGGAUAUAAACCUUGGUGUCAUUGGAUUUAGGGACACUCCAAAUGUUCGGCGUGCUUUUGAGGCUGAUGAGACUGGAAGUUUUAUUUUGUCAGUGGUGGAAACAUCAGAUACCCAGAACGCAGCACUUGAGAAGAUCCAGCGAUGUGUCAUCUGCUUUGAUCUAUGCAAUCCAGCUAUAGGUUGUCCAAACACCAGCGCAGCUUCUACUUCGAAGGAGGUAAACAUGGAUCUGGCUUUGUUGGUAGAUGGUUCCCGGAACAUCCAGGCUGAUCAGUAUGAGGGCGUAAAGCAAGUGCUAGGCACAUUGUUGGACCAGCUUGUAGUGAGUGCUCAGCCAAGUAAAGUUGACGGACAGGCACGAGUGGCACUUUACCAGCAAAGCUCAUCAUAUAGUGAGGUCCAGGCUCCAGUCAAGCAGAUCUUUACUUUCCAGCAGUUCCAAAACCGUAACCUGAUGAAGCAAAGAAUCUUUGAAAAUCUACAGCAGACUGGUGGCUACUCCAGGCUGGGUCAAGCCAUGGAAUUUGUAAUCUUGAAGAAUCUUUUCACUGUUUCCAAGCCUCGAAAAUACAAGAUGCUGCUGCUUAUAGUGGGAGGAGAGACAGAAUAUUCUGAUAGAGAAAAAUUGGACUUUAUCUCCAGAAUGGCAAAGUGCCAGGGUGUGGUGCUUUGUACUCUUGCAGUUGGUGAUAAUUUCAACAGCACUCAGGUAGAGGAAAUUGCCAGCUUCCCCACAGAGCAGCACAUUGUUCACUUGGGCCAUGUAAAGCAAGGAGAGCAGGAAUACGCUCGCCGCUUUAUAAGGACUUUCCUACACAUUCUGAGUCGGCAAAUGAACACCUACCCUUCUCCAUUGUUUAAACAACAAUGUAAGAGUCUUCAGCAACAGCAAGGACAAGGUAAAGGCCCUGUCCUUGAUGUCUUUGAGGCUGUCAAGAGACCACCCAUUAACAGGUUUCCUCUCACAGGAUCUACUUACACUGAGGUUACAGAGAAAGAAUUUGUGGAGGAGAUUGAAGAAGAAACAGAGUUUUCAGAACAGAGAGGGCCACAGAUGGAGACUGAGUAUAGAAAUGAGGAUGGGCUCUUCUUGGGACCUGGAAUGUCAAAUGCUACAGAUAUGUGCUACUUGAAAAAGAAUGAUGGGCCCUGUACAAAUUUUGUACUUAAAUGGUUUUAUGAUCAAAACAAAAAUCAAUGCAUUCAGUUCUGGUAUGGAGGAUGUGAUGGAAACCUUAACAGAUUUGACAGUAAGGAGCAAUGUGAAACCCGAUGUGUGGACCUUCAUACCCUACAGUGACUUUAAUCAAACUACUUACAAUGCAAACAUCCUAGGAUAUAGAAAAUAUCUAUGUAUAUUUAACUCAACUUAACCUUACAAGGUUAAACUACGUGUUUUGUAGAUGUUGCAUUUUCAUAUUCCAUUUUCUUAUUUGGUGCUGACAAAAUGCGGUCUUCUGUCACAAUGUAACUUUUAUAUAUGGAAAUCAUGAAGGUGCUCAUGUUUUAAAAACAAAUUGACACAUGGUACUGAAUUCACUUGUUUUUUUUAUUUUCUGUUUGUAUUUUGUAUAAAAAAACACUACUACUACCACUUCUUCUGAUGAUGAUCAUUAAAUAAUUAAUUACUUUUAAUAGCCAGCGUAGCAUGGGUGGAGUUAUUUACAUGAUGAUUAAUGUAAAUAGCCUGUUACAGGUUGUUAAGGUGAACUAAAAAAAAAAAGAAAUUGCCUCCUUUACUGAGGCUCAAUGGGUCACAAUUUGUCCUUGUCUUUUUUAAAUACUUGCAUUCCUUUUUUGUUUAAUAAUUGUAAUAAAUAGUGCUCAGUGCAGUCACAGCAUGUCUGUCUUUAUACUGUCAGAUACUGUUUAUCUUUCACCUGAACAUGUUAUGCUUCAUUUUUUUUUUCUUUUAUUUUUUUACUUGUAUGGUAUUUCACACAUAACAGAGGUGAAAAGUAACAAAUUACUGUACAUGUAUUCAUGUUACUGUAAUUGAGGAGUUUUUUUUCGUGUACUUCUAUUUUUUCAAAAAUGUUUCUUUAUUUUUACUUAGUUUAUGGAUGUGUUGUUACAAUUAGAUUGUUCAAAUCAAGAAUAGUUCAGUUGAAGAAACACAUUGAUAAAAGCAGCAUAAAUGAUUCACAAAUAAACUGUUUUGGUUUGA